AGAUCUUGUAUAUGAAUUAGCUGUUUAUGCAAAUGAAUGUUCUACCUUGUUGGAUCUCUCGAUAUACUUGAUGCAAUUUAUGUGCAAGGAGUUGAAAUACUUAUAUGUCAACUUUCUUAUCCUGGCAAGAGGAUUUUUUUAGGGAUGUAAUGCAGUUUUUGACCCUCCUCCGUGGACAUACUCGUCUCAUUCCUCAAGGUGGGUUAGCUGAGUUCCCUGAUGCCAUUCUCAAUGCUAAGCGCCUUGACCUUUUCAACUUGUAUAGAGAAGUGGUUUCACGAGGAGGCUUUCAUGUUGGGAAUGGCAUCAAUUGGAAAGGACAAGUUUUCACAAAGAUGCGUAAUCACACAUUGACCAAUAGAAUGACUGGUGUGGGGAAUACACUAAAAAGGCAUUACGAAACUUAUCUUCUAGAAUAUGAACUAGCUCAUGAUGAUGUAGAUGGAGAAUGCUUCUUGUUCCUUACUAAAUAA